AUGGCUGAACAGACUGACGCCGCCCCUGCGGCGACAGCCCCUGUCGAUGAGACGCGCGCUGUUGAAAAACAACACCAGCAAGAGGAAUUACCCGUCGCAACUGUUAACAAGUCAUUUUGGAAGGCCCUCCUCCCCGUGAUCGCGUGCGGCGCGGGGCUGUUUUCGGAUGGAUACAUCAACAACGUAAUCGGCUCGGUCGUCACGAUUCUAGCAAUCCAGUACGGUGAUACGUGGAAAACGUCAAAUGCCAAAAACUACCUGAGCGACAUCGCCUUUGCGGGCACAGUUGUCGGGCAGCUUGCUUUUGGGUAUUUGUCCGACAAGUGGUCGCGCAUGAACUCACUUAUCUUGUCUACCGUCAUUUUGCUUAUAUUUACUGCGCUUACCGCUGGGUCGUACUACCAUGGCGAUGCGGUCGGGAUGUUCAACAUCUUGACUGCCUGGCGAUUUUUCGUUGGCAUUGGUAUUGGCGGUGAAUACCCGGCGGGUAGCGUGGGAGCUGCCGAGUCGACGAGCGAGCUCAAGUCCGGGACGCGGAACAUGUGGUUCAUCCUCUUCACCAACACCAUGAUCGACUGGGGUUUCGUUUUCGGUGCUUUCGUCCCCUACGUUGUCGCCGCGGCCUGCCAAAACGGACAUUUGAGCACCAUCUGGCGUACCAGUCUCGGUAUCGGUGCCGUCUUCCCCGCGUUCCUCCUCAUCAUGCGCUUCUUCGUCAAGGAGCCGGAGGAGUUCCGCAAGAACUCGAUGAAGCACGCCAAGACCCCUUACCUUCUCGUGCUCCGCUUCUAUGGCUUCCGCCUGUUCAUCGUCAGCUUGAUCUGGUUUAUCUACGAUUUCUCCUCCUACUCCUUCGGCAUCUACUCCUCCACGAUCCUCGCCAACAUCUUCGACUCCUCCACGGCACCCCUAACCACCGUCUUCGGCUGGAACACCGUCCUCAACCUCUUCUACAUCCCCGGCACGGCUCUCGGCGCCCCCGUCUCCGACCUCCUCGGCCCGCGCUACGCCCUCGCCCUCGGCGUCACCCUGCAAUCCAUCGUCGGCUUCAUCAUGGCCGGCUUAUACCCACGCCUCGCCCGCCCCGAAAUGGUCGGCGCCUUCACCACCGUCUACGGCAUCUUCCUGACGCUGGGCGAGCUCGGCGCGGGGAACAACAUCGGCCUGAUCGCCGCCAAGACGUGUGCGACGGGUGUGCGGGGGCAGUACUACGGCAUUGCCGCGGCGGUCGGGAAGAUCGGUGCGUUUGUCGGGACCUGGGUGUUCCCCUAUAUCGUGGCGGCCGGUGGUGAUUCCGAGACGUUGUCGGCGCAGUACCCGUUCUGGGUAUCUAGCAGUUUGUGCGUGUUGAGUGCUCUCCUCGUGGUCUUUGGGCUGCCGCAUAUUGGCCAGGACACGAUUGCUGAGGAGGACAUCAAGUUCCGGGCGUACUUGGAGGAGCAUGGGUAUGAUACGCGCCAGUUGGGGCUCAAGAGUGGAGAGAGCUUGGAGAGUGUUGGGGUUGUUGAGGAGGAUGAGGUCAAGAAGGAAACCUCUAAGUAA